AUGAAGUUCUUCGUCGCCUCUCUUCUCUUCGCCACUGCCCUGGCCAUGCCUACUUCUGAAGGCAAUGAUGACUCCGGAAAGACUGUUUGCGAGAGCCACCAAAGUGUUGUCUGCGACAAGAACGGCAACGGUGGUCUUCUGUCCCUCGGCAACUUGCUCAACGGUCUUUUGGGCGAGAGCUGCUCCGGUGGUGAUGUCUACUGCUGCUCGCAGAGCGACAUUGAACAGGUUGGUCUGAUCAACCUGGAUCUCAACCUCCAAUGCAGUCUCAACCACUUGCUUUAG